AUGGGGCUUCGAUAUAAGAAGUUGUUUGGGUUCUGCAAAGAGUGUUUAUGUCUUACGCACGAGCAGGCGCGUUGCCCGGAGCUUAUCAAAAAGGGCGAAACUUCAGUACAAGAAGUUGUCUCUGGAGAGACUGGAACAGGUGCAACAAGCUUUAAAGCGGUAGUUGCAAAUGCUUCAAGGCAGAAUGGUGAUCGGAGAGAAGGUCAGUAUGGUCGGUCUCAAGGGUCUCAAGGGUCUCAAGGGGUGAAAGGGACUGAUAAGGGGAAGGGGAUUGCUAGGGAGAAGCAUGGUUAUCAAAAGCAAGAUGGUGCUUAUCAUCCUUACAAGGAGAAGUUCACACGGGGAUAUGGAGAGGGCUCUUCUUUCAAUAGAAGGUUUCAUGGACAUGGAGAUAAGAGGACGGCUCUCCAGGCGAGAGACUUUCCACAUCAACAAAGACAAGUGAUAGAAGAGCAGCGCUCUUUGAACCCUACAAAGCUUAUGCUUGACGCUUUUAAGGGAGCUCCAGGUGGGGUUCAGGGGAGUGGAACAGCCGGGACUGGGAGGUCUUCAAAAGCGCGAAAGUCUUUGCUAUUUGAGGAAGCGGCUUCUGAGGUCAAGAGUGAUGAGACAGGGCAAGAGAUUGGGGUGCUGAGUACGGCUCAGUCUGUGCAGGAGCAAGGUGCACUUGAUGUGGAGGCUAAAGAGGUAGAGGAGCAGUCUUUGCACUCUGAUGCUCUAGAUGAUGCGAACCUGAUGCUUGAUGGCGUGAUCUUGUCGGAUUCGGAGCUCCUGGUGGAGGGGGACGAGUUAGAGGGUUGGGAACAAGGCGAGAUUAUGGAUUUUGCCGAGGAGGAGGGUUUAGAUGCGGGUGAUCAAGGUUUGGGGGAACAGGAGUUGGGUGAUAAGAAACUGGAUGAGCAGGAGGGGAGUGAUCAGAAGUGGAGUGAUCAGGUGCAGAGUUAUGUUGUCGAUGACGGGAAUGUCCAGAUGCCGGACUCUGAGAAGGAGGUGGCCCCAUCCGAUGAGAAGUUUGCAAAGAAGAAGGAGAUGAAGCAGGAGGCGGGGAUGAUAGGGGGUGUCAAGAAGCGUGUGGGGCAAGCUUUUGUUUCUCCACGUAAGAAGCUGUUGGCAAAGGCGGGAGUGAAGCAGGGCGAUAAGGCUAAGAAGGCACCGCCGAAGCCUUAG